UGUGUGUGUGUGUGUGUGUGUGUGUGUGUGUGAGCUGCACGUGCUGCUUCUCCUCUGGUGUCUAAUGAGAUUCCCCUCGUUAAAGUCUUUAGUGUAGUAAUCUGCACCUGCACACAGACGACCGAGAUCUGCACAGAACCAGAGACCAGAGGAACAGCAGUAUUCAGAUUGUGCUGCUCUGAGGAAUCCAGGAGUUUUAUCAGCCCUCAAUUUGAGUCUCCAUCAGAUGAUGAUCCGUCUGGAGCGCUUCCACACACACAGAUAGAGCUGCUGUAGAUCUGAUCCUCAUGGAGUCCGUGCUGAAGAAGUCUCUGCUGGCGCCCGUAAAGACCCUGAAGUUCUGCGUGAGCGGAGAGAAGACCAACCACGGGGCCCGGAGAGGCCCCAAACACCAGGGGUCAAAGGGCAGGAGCUGCAAGCCUGACCCGCGUCUGCUGCGAUCCUAUCAGACCGAGCUGGAUAGAGAGAGGAAACUACGAGAGGUGAUGAACGCUCAGAAGAACGUAGAGAGAGCUGCGAUGAGAGCCCAUUUCAGGAGGAAAUACCAGCUGACCAAGAAUGCCAAGGAUGCGGAGCAGCUGCAAGCCGCGGGGGGGAAAGUGUGUCUCCCACGAGAUCUGGCGAAGAUGGUCCGUGGUGAAGCCCCUGCUAAAGACGACAGCUUCUGUCUGCGGAGCGCCUUCCAGAGCCUCAGCCUCAGCGCAGGCAUCUUCACGAGAAGACCGCGCCGGACGCCCUCCUCAGCCAAUCAGACGCAGCCCUGCAGGGUCAUGUGACGCUCCAGACACACGGGUUUGACGCUCAUCACAAGUUUCCA